AUGGAGUCGGUCUACGAAGCAACGGGCAAAGAUCGCGAGAUCAGCAACUGGGUCAAGAUGGCUUCAGUGGAUGGCCUUUCUAAGUCGAUCAGAGAGGACUCUUUUGAUCCGAUUCCCUUCGAGGUCACAAAGCAUGCUCCCCUUCCAACCAUCGGCGAGGAUGAGACCGAGAGUAUCCCCGAAGCAGGCCCCCGCUCGAUCGGCUUCGCAGAGCGGACCGCAAUCCGCACAACAUCGCCCUUUGACCACGCCGCCGACAUCGUCUCGCCCUUCGAGCCGCGUGCUCCUCCAUCCAUCCUCCCCUCCUCAUCCGCGAACUUCUCCUUCCGCGCCUUCACGCGCGCCUUACCGCCGACCCUGCACCUCACGACCCACGAACCCGCCCCAACGGUCGGCACCGUCAACGUCAACACCCCCGUUCUCACCACCCCUGACGCCAUAAGCCCGACGACUUCGUUCCGCGCCACACCGGUUAACUUAAACCCGUACAGCUACAACGGCGACAUCACAGGUGUUAACCGCCGCCCGAACCCCAAGACCGCCCGCGUGGCUCGCUACAACGAGUCCCUGUCUCCCAGCAUCUCGGGCACCAGCACCCCGCUGCGCCCGCAGCGCGUCGUGCAGUUCGACGACCAGGCCGCUGCAUUCGGGGAGGCUAGGCCGAGGCCUGCGCGCCACUUCUCGCACACCAGCGUCGAGGGCAAACUGGGGAAUGCGUCCACCACAAACCUGCCAGGCUCUGCGCACCUCACGCGCGUUGGGACGCCGAUGCCGGAUGCGGAGGCGCAGGAGUCGAAGAAGGCUAAGACUGGGAUCAGGGGAUGGGUUAGGGAUCUGCCGUCGUUUCUGAAGUGGUUGGUUGGUGUCGGCCUCAUGGUGGGGAUUUUGGCGCUUAUUGUUCUCUUGUUCAUGUUCAAGAGCUCGUUGGGGUGGACGUCCCGGAAGGAUCGCUAUGAGUAG